GUAGAAUUACGGCGGCUGCUCUUCUCAGUGUUCAUAGGUGUAUCGCUUACUCUUCUUCGGUUGUUGUUGAGGUCAGCUGGUACAUUUGUAAGGGCAGCAGUCGGUUUCGGGGAUUUAUCGUCACCUUCUGCCGCAGUCUGUGCAACUUCUGGUGUCUGAGCAGCUGGAGUUGGGGUCUCGCUCGGAGGAUGGACAGUGAAAUCCAACGAGAUGGGAGAGUCCUGGAUCUCACUGAUGAUGCGUGGAGGGAAGACAGACUGCCGUAUGAAGAUGUCACCAUCCCUCUGAGUGAAUUGCCUGAGGCAGAGCAGGACAACGGCGGAUCCACAGAGUCUGUGAAAGAGCAAGAGAUGAAAUGGACAGACCUCGCCCUGCAGAGCCUACAUGAAAACACACCGAGCACCGGAAGCUGAGAGACUAAUACAGAAAUGAACUGUAAAAAAUAAAAUGCACAGACACGGUGCAAAAUAUAUUUUGAUAUACAUCAAAAUGUGCCGUGCUGUGUGGUACAUUCUUGAGACUCAUUAAGUGUCAUUUUAUACUUGGCUGUGAACUAUUCAUCACUCAUAAAUUAAAAUAAAUUUGAGCAAAUACA